UCAAAGCAAUUUUGCCGCUCAAACUUUAACAUGAUAACAGGCGAAUUAUUUCACAUCGGAAAACGUGUUGUUUUUUUUGCUCUUUGAAACCGAAGUAAAUAACUCCCGAAAAAUGGGUUUAGACAACAAUAACAAGGAGUGCGAAUUGAAGGAGUCAUUGGCGGCGAUAAAAGAGUGUUUCGAAGGAGAAGAUGUGGUAGUUUCCGUUCGAAACCCGCCUGGGUAUAUCACACAUUUUCUUCCAAAUGAACAAAACAGAGAGAUUAUAUUGGUUUAUAAAAGCUUACCACCAGUUACUAAUAUGCCUUCUGCUGACCACCAAAAUGGCAGUGACUUCAUACAUUCAGCUGAAAUGUCAGGAAAUCCUUUAGAAGCUCCUUUUGGGGACGACACAAUUAAUGUAACGUUUAAUUUUAAUGAUGUUAUACAUACUGAAAGCGAAAUUAACAAACACUGUCCAUUAUCCGUGCUAAGCGCAAGAUAUUGCCUUAGCAUGUGCAACACAGACAUAAAACCUCCACUUCCAGUCUGGAUUUUAACCGAUUCAUCAGACCUGAACAAAACCGUUUUAUUGUCCACCGAACUCCAUAACGGUUGGAAUACUCGAUGUCAUGCUGUACAAAAUAAUGAUGACAUAACUAUCGAGUGUAUGCUGAAGUCUCACAUGAAGCACUCUUUUUUAAAAAACACUAACCAAAUUAAGUACCGUAGUAAGGUUAGUAGUACUUUUAACAAGAACUUGUCCUAUUGUAAGGACAAUUGCAAUGAAAUUUAUUCACAUACUAUGAUCAAAAUGAGUUGGGAUGAAUUGGUUGUCAAGCCUCCUUUGAAUUCAAAAACACUUGACGUCCAAGUUGUUACUAAAUGCCAUAUUGGAAGUGGCAGUGACGGCCUGGCCUUUUUCUGGAAUGAACUCCUUCUUUUGAACAGUGUUUUAGAGAUAAUUGAAAAUAAACAAUCAUUCAGAUUUCGAGAACAAACUGAACCAUACUUGCAAAUCCUUCAAAAACUGAAAAGUGAAUUAAAAAAGGAACCUCAGAUAACUAAAGAAAAUAUAAAAGCAUUGUUUGCCCCUGAUAUUUCAUUUAUUAUAGCAAAAGGAGAAACUGUUAAAACACUGGAAAACAUCCUCAAUACAUUCAUGUCAGUCAAUAGACCAAAUUUGGACACAACAGAUAAACUUUGGCAUUUAUUACUAACUUGUACGUGUAUAGAAGAUAUAUCGUUUUACAUAAAACAAGUUGAUGAGCUGAAUCAAAGCCUUUCACUAUUUGUGGGAAAUGGAAAUAUAUCCAGAUUUGCAACUGUCCUGCAAGGCGGACACGGGCACAUCUCAGAUGCUCUUGAAUAUUUCGUUGAGAUUGGUUUGGAAAAAUUGAGAAAACAAAUAUACUCAAUUUUCUCAGAAGCUAGAAUCGCCUCGCCAUUUUCACUGAAUACACCAAAAUAUCUGAGUUUUAGUAACGUUAAAGCCGCAAACUGGAUGGAAACAGCGAGAGGAUGGCUCAAUUGGAUCUGUAAGGUCUACAGUGCCUUAGAGUUGCUGAUAAACACGCAGAAAGCAUUGACCUUGCGCAAUGAAACAAUGGAAGGGCACGCUACCAAAUUGUUGGAAGAAAUCACCACACGCGAUUCCAAAGUCAAAGGGAUUCAGUGGAUAUUGGAAAAUAGAUACCAAGAAUUGAAAUGGCCAAUUAAAUCUCAGUUUAUCGAAAAACAAAUUAACAUGAUUUUUUUAAAUUUCAGAACACCCGAUUAUUGGAUGUUAGUUCUUGAGAGUUCCUUCAAAGAAUGCCAUCAUAUUAAGAGUAUAUUUACAAGAUCAAAUCAAACGGUAUUCCCAUCAAACAAUAUGAUAGAUUUAAAUAAAAGUAUUAACUUAAAUAAAACAGAUGUAUCAAUUUAUGAACAAAAGAGUAAUUAUUGGUUAGAAAUGCAUGCAAUUUCUAACAAAAUUUCAUAAUUAUUUGCAUGCUUAUUAAUUAUAGUGAAAAAAUGUCGAUGAAGAUUGUACUCUGAAUUGGACAAACCAAUUAUAUUAUAAUAAAUUAAUAUUAAGGCUUUAAAUAAAUUGUUUUUUUCUGAAGCAACCUCAUAUCAUUCAACAAAAUUGGUUUGAAUAACAAUGGGCUUAUUGUCUCAUGGGAGAAAAAAAAUUAUAAUUGUAAAAAAAGAAAAAAUAUAUUUAAUUAAAAAAAACAAAAAAA